GGACACAAUUUUUAUGCUACUCUUUCAAUCGAACUUUAAUACAACUGCAUAAGAUAUUCUACUACACAGCUCCUGUGUUGCAGCGCAAUGUCAGAUAUGGACAACCCUGUUCGGGUCCUUGUGUGGGCCACUCCCAGGACCUGCUCCUCUGUUCUCUUGAAGAGCUUAAGCAACUUUCCUGACUCCCAGGUGAUCUUUGAGAUUUACACCACAGCCUACUACAAUGGGCCUGAGAGAUUUGACCCAGAUGUCCUCGUCGAGGAGCCAGUCAACGCAGCCAUCAAGGUGGGCGAGGAUGGGCUAAUCAAAGGUCCUGGGUCAGGGUUCCCAAGUUCAAUCUGCAGCUACGACUGGGCAAGGCGGCAACUGGAAGCUGACUACCCAGGCAAGACGGUGAUCGUGGCAAAGGAGAUAGCUCCCUGGCUCCGUGGCAGGUACAAAGACAUCCCGAGGGGAUACCGACACGUGUUCUUGAUCAGGCACCCGACCAAGAUGUUCCCGUCCUGGAAGAAGCUGAACCGAGAGUUUCUAGAGGAAGAGAGGGGAAUCCAGGUGGGUAUGGAGGAUUUCGCCUUGGAUCGGCUGUCCCCGAUGCGUGUGCCUCCUGGUCUGAACUACAAGGAAAUCUUUGAAUUGUGGCAGUUUGUCAAAGACGGCAACUUGGACGCUGACCCCAUUAUUGUGGAUUCAGACGACCUUGUCUGCAACCCCGCUCGGGUACUAUCGUCUCUUUGCGAGCAUCUGAGGAUACCCUACACCGACUCCCUUCUUUCAUGGCAGCAAGGCACAGAGUGUGUCGAGGACUGGCUUGUUGGUUCAAAAAUGAAACAGAUCAUAGAAAACAUGGCGAUUUUUCACAACUUCCGGGAAAGCACGUGCUUCCUGAAACCAGAGACUGUAAGUAAAGUUCCAGAUGUCGCGUCCCUCUCAGCAGAUCUGCAGCGCUGUAUCAACUUCAGCAUGCCUUACUACUCCACGAUGUACGAACAGCGCUUAAAGUACUGAUCAUAACCUAAAUUAACUUAACUUCUGAGGAAGUUUGCAUAAGCCAUAAUGCUACAAUUGAUAAACUUUUUAUCCAAGGAAUAAAUCAAUUUAACAUAGUUAUAGCCUCUGAAAUCCAAACUUCCAAAUCCAAAGUACAAAAAUGGUUUGAUUUUUCCACGACUUUCAAUGAAAGCGGUUUUUGUGUUGCCCAAACACAGUUUUUGAGACACUUACCGGUCCCAAUUCUGUACGUCCGUAUGUCUGUACGACCAUAUGUUAAAGCUUGUGUUAAGGUUUUCCAAAUUACUCUCACUGCCAAAGUAUUCACCAAACUUCCAUGAAACUUGAGUCACUGAGGGUCACUGAGUACCAAAGAUCAUGUGGAAUAUAUUUUAGGUCAAAGGUCAAAUGAGGUCAAAUAUAUUUGCAAUUUACAGAAGUUUGAAAACUGCAGUCAGUAUUAAGUGCAGCAGUGCUGAGUACACAUGCAGACCACUUGUUAUUUCAUAUGAAUUGAGGAAUGUCAAUUUGUCUAAUGUGAUUCCACAAUGUUUAUUAGGCGAGGAAAAAAAUAAGUUCAAUUGUACGAUACCAUUUCCCUGAUCGUAAUAAAGUCAGAAUCAUUGACCCCAUACCAUUUUCUCAAUGUUUUAUUAUCUGAGGAUUAUCACAGGAUAUUUCAGAUUUGCUCAAUCUUUUUCAAGGGAAUUAAAUUUCAUACAUGAAAGCUAAUCUUUUAUCUAGACAAAUCAAAAAGCUGGCUUUACUUUCUGAAGCAGUUUCAUAUUUCUCAUUCAAUUUCCCAGUUUAAAAAAGAGAUCUUUUUUGAAUAUUUUAAACCAUUUACAUUAUAAAACUUCCCACAUAAUCUCAACUGACGUUUAUACUUAAAAACCUGUAGCAUUUGAUGCCAAAAUCAAUAUUUAAAGAGUUCUCUACCCUUGUACAAAACGUGACCUCAGAAAGAUGCUCAACUUCCAAGAACAUGUCCUACUUUUGAGCCUAAGCAACUCUUAUGUUUUCCAAUGGAAUUAAACCAAAAUUUCAGAUUACGUAAACAAAGCGUGACAAAUUUUAUGGAGUGAUUUUGGUCCCCCAAAAAGUGGGUCCAAACAAAUGUUGGCGUGG